AUGAAGAUGUACAGGCAGUGGCCGCUUCUACUGUUCACCCUCUUACCUGCAUGCUGGGCUUACGACAUCGUCCAGGACUAUUCAGGAUCCUCUUUCUUCGAUAAGUGGGACUUUUACGGUAAUUGGGAUAAUCUGACGCUCGGCGACGUAUGGUGGUUGGGAAGGCAAGAUGCUUUUGCACAAGGGCUCGUUUAUGUAAACAACGCUGGUAACGCUAUUUUGAAAGUCGACGACGUGAGCAAUGUGGCACUAAAUCAAAAGCGGAACACGGUUCGCAUUACAAGCCAAGCUGCGUAUAAUGUCGGGAGUUUAUGGAUCGCAGAUAUCGUACAUCUUCCAUUCGGUUGUUCAGUGUGGCCUGCCUUUUGGACCAAAGGAACAUUACUAUGGCCGGAUGGCGGUGAAAUUGACAUAAUCGAGGGUAUCAAUUUAGUGAGCCAGAACCAAAUGGCUUUGCACACCCUUCCAGGAUGUUACCACAACACCACGCCUCCAAACCAGAUGGGUAUAUCAGAUCCAACGAAGGUGGACUGCUCCCAGCCAUCUGGCUGUGUCGUAUCGGAGUCGGCACCGAAUAGUUUUGGCCAGGGAUUUGCAAAUGCGGGCGGAGGCGUUUUUGGGGUUCAAUUUGAUGUCGCUGGCGUUUUCAUCUGGUUCUGGAGUCGCCCCUCCAUUCCCGCGUCUAUCGCAAAUGCUAAUGCAACAUCAAGCAUCAAUGUAUCCGAUUGGGGUGCGCCGUCAGCAAGUUAUCCGGCGUCGGAACCGUGCAAUAUUACUCAGUUCUUUACACCCCAAAAUUUGGUAAUUGACAUCACACUUUGCGGGAUAUGGGCUGGGCUUCCUGCACAAUACUUACCACAAUGCAGCGGGGCAGGCCCAACAGGUAUCUGCUACAACGAUAACGUUGUUGGCCCUGGGGGUCGGUACUCGAAUGCUUACUUUGAAAUAAAAUACGUACGGGCGUACACCACGGGCGGCAUUGCUCCAACACCCACUGCUGCUGCCCACGCCUUGCUUUCACAGGCGGUGACGUCGACCAUUAAAACUACGUCCCCAGCUGGAACUGUCCUAGUUCCUAGUCCGUUAUUCUUUCCUGGUAACACCGCUAGACGAGGAUUUGAGGUGCAGGGAUGGCGAUUGACAUUAGUCGGAAUCAUUGUUGUGAUGACCACCUAUCUGGUUUGGUAA